AGACUACAUAAAUAUUUGUAGGACACGCCCAAUCUCCGGAAUAUCGGACCAUCCGCCAGUUUCAGAUUGCCAACCACAACAACAAAAAAUUAAUAACCUGGGUAUAUUACUCAAGCCAUCUACAUAUUCUCAGUAACAGGACAAAUAUCUCCUACUUCACUCUUAAUAGCAUACUACUGUAAACAAAAACACAUUCAAACGCAGACCUCAUUAUCAUGACCGUGACUACCGAACUUCCAGUUGACCCUCUCGCCGGCAAACUUGUCCAGUCUGAACUGCCCAUCGACACCAAUCCCAAAAUAGUAGAACAAGUCAACCCAUCCGAAAACGCCGAUCCUACCAUCAAGGAAGCCGAGCCUGAACCAUCCAGCCAGACUAUCGAGGGCGUCAGUGAAGAGGAUAGGCUUGAGAUAAUCCGACAAAUUGAAUUUUAUUUUUCCGAUGCCAAUCUGCCAUUUGACAAGUUCAUGUUCCUCCAAACCAGUCCGCAUCUAGAUUCCGUGAAAGCCCCCAAUCUGUCGGCCGAAGCCAAACAAAAGGCAGAAACGUAUGGCCCAGGAUGUUCGCCAGUGCUCCUCCAAACGGUGGCCUCCUUCAAACGGAUGCGGGCCUAUUCCUCGAAAUUCCCGACGAGCAAAUUGGCCAAAAUCAUCCAAACCUCACCUACCAGUCCGAAGUUAGUCGACGUGAUCACCGAAGAACUGGAAGGAAAAUCGACGAUUUACGUCCGAAGAUUGUUGAAGUUGGAAGAAACUAGUCGGGCGGGAGCUAGUGAUCGAUGUGUAUAUGCCAAAGGUUUCUUGAGUGAAGACGACCUAUCAGCCAAGGGAGAACCUAGUAAUAUGCAAGUCAAACUAGAACGAUGGGCCAAGAAAUGGGGCCCAGUUGCGGUCUUACGAAUGAGACGAGAAAACGAUUCUCCUAAAGGAAGCUCAAAGGAAUCUGAGAAGAAAGGUCCGAAAAAGUGGAAGAACUCGGUUUUCGUCGAAUAUGUUGACCCUAAUUCUGCAGAACAACUCGUGCGCGAAUUCAAGCAAGAAAGUGGGAAACCACAGUUCGAGGGACACGAACUCACUUCGAUUAUGUUCAAGAUUGAUUAUGUGACGAUGAAGGCGGAGGAAAAAGGGCUACCACCGCCGAAGAUGUCGGGGAACCGACAAGCGGGACAACCGGCGUCCACCAAACCUACCACGGGCAACUCAGGAUUGAUCGGCGGAAACAACUCGACAUUCAAUGCAUUCAAGGAACUCAAAGCGGUCGCAAACGGUCUUAAACAGUAUGUUGGCGGACCGUUUCUCUCCUCCUCCUCCAACAACACCAAAAAUAAUAAGGAGGUUGCCGCAAGAAUCAUCGAAUAUGAAGGAAACAAACUAGAAGUCCACAAAGAUGGAAGUUUGAAGAACACGGAAGAGUUGAAGAGUUUUCGGUCCAACAUGGCGCUCGCUUUUGAGCUAGAAGGCGAAGCACCCACAAACUUCAAGGAAGCCCGAGUCGAGUUCCGCGCUCUUAAACAAGAUCUCACCGAGGGAGAUCUGGUCUGUAACGUAGUCCAUGUCGACUCAAAAGACAAAGCUAAAGGAACCGUCGGGUUUGAUCAGCCGAUCAGCGACGAACAGUUUGCGGCAAUCCAAGCCAAAGCCGUUCGCUCUGGAGGUCGUGCAGUCAAGUUCACGCGUCUCAAUGAUGAACAGAACAAGCAAUUCCAUAUAGAUUGUGCAGCGCUCAAGGCGAAGGCAGCCUUUGGGUCGAAAGACGACCACCAACACGGGCAUCGGAAGGGAGGAGAGCGAGGGGGGCGUGGAGGCCGAGGGGGACGCGGAGGAGGAGGAGGAGGUAGAGGGGGACGAGAUGGCGGGCGAGGGGGACGGGACGGGGGUCGAGGAGGACGACGCGGUGGCGAUCGAAACGCCGAGAAAGAGGCCAACGGCCAUGCCGAUCCGGCCGCCCCCGAAAACACCUCGCCCACCGUCGCGGGAAACAAGCGCGACGCUGAAGGCAAUAUCGUCGCCUCUAAUGGCGCGGCUCAUCCCGCUCCUUCCUCUAACUCGGUGCCUGAAAUCGGUCGGGCUGAAAAGAAACCGAAAGUCUCCGCCUAAUCAUCCCCUUCUCUCUUUUUACCCUUCUUAUGGGUGUGCUUAAUGUAUCCCUCUUAUAGAUAACCAACCAGAAAAUACAACAUUGAACAUCCUUGUUUAGAAUAAGGAUUAUGUUACAUAUUCAGUAAGAAAUUCCUAGAUCAGUGAGAAAUUUCCAUAGCAACACAAACAUACAAACAUACAUACAUACAAGUUGGCAUGAGGGUUGCCGUUUCUUCGCUGUGUUGAUAUAGAUUAUUUACGUAGAGUGUAUAGAAGACGUCUAUCCGACCAACGCUCUUGAGUUUGUCCUAAUUGAAGAGAUUAGUUAUGAUGAUGCAACUUAAUUUACAUAGAAGAAAUUGUAUGCAAAUUCGUCGGUGUGAUUUUGUCGUUCUUUCAAUGUUGGCGCAAGGCCCGUUUGAUACAAUGUACUCAAGUAAGAUCAUUUGAGCAAUCCCGCGCUUUUGUUAUCAGUUCACACUGCCACUAUUUAUUUCGAGGGAAUUUUCUUGCUGCAGUUCUCUUCAAUGUUCCGUCAUUCUAAUCUUCGCUCAUCAUGGAUGAUUCCGUCUUCAAACAUGAUCGAUGUUUCAAAUAAAACCGC